UCAGGCUCCUGCACAAGUCCCCCAGCCAUAGCCCAGAGUGGAUCAGAGGGAAGCCUGGAACACUGAGCUUUGCGCAGAGGCUCUGCAAGGCGUAAAUAACACAACGCUCCAGCGCAAUUUUCUACAAGGAUAGCAUUGGGGGGACGGAAUCCGCUGCAGUGUCCCUACUACUUCCCAGCGCUGCCUCAUAUACCCACAGCUCCAGCGGUGACCUGCGCCCAGCGCAGCAUUACGCACUGAGCCACUGCGCCCUGACUUGUUCCCUAACCGUGCCAAGGAUGAAGUGUGUGCGCUGCCUGCUGCCCUGCGUGGUGGCACUGGUCUAUGCCCGGAUUGCUGCAGCUGUGCCAGUGGAAGAAGAGCUGGUGGCCCCUGUCAGGAUGGAAGGGCAAGGAGGACCGUCCCAGGAUGGAAAGGUGGUGUACCGCCUGGAUGCAUUUGGAGAAGCCCUGACCCUGGACUUAGAGCCUGACCCCAGCUUCCUGGCACAGGACUUCAGUCUGCAAUACGUGGGUCGCCCCAAGUCUGGUGGAGAAGAAGUGUCAGGGACUCUGGCUGACCUGGCUGGCUGCUUUUAUUCUGGCACUGUCAAUGGGGACCCGGCGAGCAGCGCAGCCCUGAGUCUGUGCGCUGGGAUCAGGGGAGCAUUUUAUCACCGCGGCGAAGAGUAUUUCAUCCAGCCCAGCAACCACACACUGACGGUGGCUGCUUCUGCCAACCCUUCCAGCCCACUGGUGCUGCAUCUGGUCAGCAAGCGCAGCCGUGCCAAGGCCAAGUGUGGAGUGACAGAUAUUAGCCCCCAGCAGCUGGAAUCUGAUGAGCCACAGUACCCCAAAACCAUGACACCACCAGGAUCGGGAAAUUCUCGCAAGAAGAGGUUUGUCUCCAGCCCACGCUACGUGGAGACCCUGCUUGUGGCAGACCAAUCUAUGGCUGAAUUUCAUGGGAGCAACUUAAAGCACUACCUCCUCACGCUAAUGUCAGUUGCUGCUAAGCUGUACAAGCAUCCCAGCAUCCGUAACUCAAUCAGCCUAGUGGUGGUGAAGAUACUCGUCAUAUACGAUGAACAGAAGGGACCCGAAGUGACUUCCAACGCUGCCCUGACUUUGAGAAACUUUUGCAGCUGGCAGAAACAGCACAACCCAGCCAGCGACCGACAUGCAGAACACUAUGACACGGCAAUCUUGUUUACAAGACAGGAUCUUUGUGGAGCUCAGACAUGUAGCACCCUUGGGAUGGCAGAUGUCGGCACUGUUUGUGAUCCGAGUCGCAGUUGUUCGAUCAUUGAAGAUGAUGGCUUGCAGGCGGCAUUCACAACGGCUCAUGAACUAGGUCAUGUGUUCAAUAUGCCCCAUGAUGAGGCGAAGCACUGCUCCAGCUACAACGCAGCUAAUAAAGACUCUCACUUGAUGGCGUACAUGCUCUCCAAUCUGGACAGACAGGAACCGUGGUCUCCUUGCAGUGCCUACAUGAUCACCUCUUUCUUGGACAAUGGACAUGGCGAGUGCUUAUUGGACAAGCCUAGCAGACCCAUCCAGCUCCCAUCUGAUCUCCCUGGAACGCUGUACGAUGCCAAUAAGCAGUGCCAAUUCACUUUUGGAGAGGAAUCCAGACAUUGUCCAGACAUUGCCAGCACGUGUACGACCUUAUGGUGCACCGGAAUCUCUGGAGGACUGCUAGUCUGCCAAACUAAACACUUCCCCUGGGCCGAUGGGACCACUUGCGGGGAAGGGAAAUGGUGUUUGAAUGGGAAGUGCGUAGAACAGAUGGACAAGAAGCACUAUGAGACACCGGUACAUGGCGGUUGGGGGUCCUGGAACCAUUGGGGAGAGUGCUCUAGAACUUGUGGUGGUGGAGUGCAGUAUUCUCUCCGGGAAUGCAACAACCCAGUGCCAAAAGAUGGAGGCAAAUAUUGUGAGGGCAAACGGGUCCAGUACCGUUCAUGCAACACUGGGGACUGCCCGGACCGCAAUGGCAAGACAUUCCGAGAAGAACAAUGUGAAGCUCACAACGACCUCUCCAAGUCUACUACUGAUAGUGGACCUGCAGUGGAAUGGACACCUAAAUUUGCAGGAGUCCGUCCAAAAGACCGUUGCAAGCUUGUGUGUCGUGCUAAGGGAACUGGGUUUUUCUUCGUGCUGAAUCCCAGGGUAGCUGAUGGUACUUCAUGUAGCCCAGACUCCACCUCCGUCUGUAUUCAAGGGCAGUGUGUUAAGGCUGGUUGUGAUCGUGUAAUAGGUUCCAGCAAGAAGUUUGACAAAUGUGGAAUCUGUGGUGGAAAUGGAUCCACGUGCAAGAAAAUAUCUGGGACUUUUACGAAAACACGACCUGGGUAUCAUGAUGUUGUGACAAUUCCUGCUGGUGCAACAAACAUUGAAAUCAAACAGCGCAACAACAGGGGUUCCAUGCACGAUGGCAGCUUUUUAGCGGUCAAGGCAGCGGACGGCACCUAUAUCCUCAAUGGUGAUUAUACAUUGUCCACACUGGAACAAGAUAUUUCCUACAGUGGCAACUUUUUGACGUACAGUGGUUCAACAGCUUCACUAGAGAGAAUCCGCAGCUUUAAGCCACUGAAGGAACCGAUAACCAUUCAGGUCCUCACGGUGGGAGAUUCUCAGCGACUGAAAAUCAAGUACAUUUACUUUGUCAAGAAACCGGCUCAAGCGGAAAAGACUCCAAAUAAGAAGAAAGAAUCUUUCAAUGCUAUACAAGAGACAAUUCUCUCAGAAUGGGUCAUAGAAGAAUGGGGUGAAUGCUCAAAGACUUGUGGAUUAGGCUGGCAGAGAAGAUCCGUAGAGUGCAAAGACUUGAGGGGUCAGCCUUCAAAAGACUGUCCUAAUGAACUCAAGCCAGACGAUGUCCGGUCAUGUGCAGACAUUCCCUGCCCCCAAUGGCAACUAGGAGAGUGGUCUUCUUGUUCUAAGACCUGCGGAAAGGGUUUCCGAAAGAGGCUCUUAAAAUGUGUGUCCUACAAGGGUAGUAAUUUGCCUCAAGACAAUUGUGAUCUUUCGAAGAAACCUAAACAUUUAAUAGACUUUUGCACGGUCUCCAUCUGCAGUUAAACAGCAUCCAGCUUGGAACAUUACUAGGUUCUGUCAAGAAAACAUGAACAUGAUGUUAGCAGAAGGUCAGGUAGUACGUGUCUGAUGAACGUACAAGUCAGAGGAUGGAAAGUUACUGGGAGGAAACAGUGCGAAUAUCUGCUGGUUGGGUUAGACCAUCAGGGAUAAUAACUCAACGUAGGCUUGCAAGAAGGGCAAAUUGGUGUCCCUAAAUCCUUCAUCUUUAGAAACCCUGGGGCAUUAACCUUUCCAACCAUAGUCUGUUACAAGUUAGGAAAAGAUACAGAGCCCUGUAGAUGGUGGCCAUAUAAGAUAACGAUUGGUGGUAAGCCAAUCAUUGUUGACUUUUUCUGAAGGGGCCUUCACAUGGUUUUUAGACAUUGUCCUUGGUCAGGGUAGCCUUACCUCAGUUACAAAGGGCAAAACCAAGAGCUGAUAAGGAUAUUCAGUAUAGUUCACUAUGGCUGCUAUCGCACUACAGUAUAUAUAUUAUUAUUUUUUUAGAGAAAGAAAGACAUAUUCUCAUUUAUACGAUGAAUGCAAAUUAGGUGGACCAAAUUUUUAUUGUAUUAUGAUUUACUAAUAAAAUAUUAAAACUUAUAGCACAAUGCACCCCUAUUAUAAAUGAUAAGAAUAUUAGAAGUCACCAAGAUGCACCGUAACCAUAUCAAACCAUGAUGAUGGAGGCUUGGUGCUUUUAUGUAAAGCAAAAAUGACUUUCUAUAUUGAAAUCUCUAUAUUAGGGGUUGUAUUGUUCCUUAUAAUACAUGAGUUUUGCUGAUUUGAUGACAUCAUAACUCAGUUGGUACAGAUAUUUAUGGGAGGUUAUAAACAUAUUAGCAUCCCUUGUGUAUUAUUCUCCUCAAUGAGAUGAUCACAUCAAUUGGAUGGUAAUGUCCCAGAGCUGUCCACAGUCUGAUUAUAAAUUAACUCUUUUAACGAAGCCAAUAACAUUAUGGACAUGGGGGAGGGAGGGAUAAAUUAGGCCAGUAUAGAUUCUUCUAUAUAUGUAGAGGUGUAAAUAUAGAAAUAUAUAUGUUGCAUAUUCAAGUUAUGCAAUAUGGAAAUACAUUUGGUAGACAGUCCCGGAGAUAGCAGGUCUAUCUACAGCUGUUAGCCAACUGGCAUGUGUCAUUUUAUCUAUACCCCAAUUGGAGAAUAUGACUUUAAUGUGUGUGUGUGUAACUAUAUUAUGUAUACAAAGUAUACUUUAUAAGUAUUUGCUCCAACCCCUUCUAUGAAGGGAUCGUUUUAAUGACACAUCAUAUACCUAUUUAUUUUUGUACAUCAAGUCUAAUUAUAUUUAAAGUUAUCGCUUUCUAUAACGAGAAAAGAGUAUUUAUGCAUUAUUAUAUGUAAGUAGAAAUAUUAAAAAGAACACAAUGAAAUUCUGA